AUGGGAUCCUCUGAUGCUCACCGCAACUUGGAGAAGGAGUUCGAUUCUGCUGCUGUCACUACCGAGGUGCCUACCUCAAUGUUCAAUGGCCUUCAGGGUAACCCCACCUUCACUGUGCCACCGGGUUUUCAGGCCAUCUCAGCCACUCCGACAACAGGGUUGAACGUCAACACCCAGAGGUUUGCUCUGGUAACACAGGGCUCUGAUCUGCCAAACUUGGCCCCCACGUCUGGAGGGGGGUCGCUUAACUUCGGGCUGGCGGAGCAAAUGAUGGCUUUACUCAGUGAUAACACUCAUGUUUCGAUGGCACUGCAUACGAUGGAUACUGCUGAACAGAUUCGUGCUCUACAGGAACAGCUGCAGCAGUUAUUGGAUGCGCAGAAAAAGCUAGAGGAGCAGAAGCAGCCUCCGAUUAAUGAGGCAUUCAUACCACAGGAGAAAUCCCGGAGGGACGACAGGGGACAGAGGUCAGAGCGGUCGUACAGAGCAGAGAAGUCCCAUCGUCCAGAGAAAUCACGGUACACCGAAGGAGCAGAGGAAAGGGAGCUGGAGUAUUCCUCUGGCAGGCCAGGGCAUAGGGCUCACAAGCGUCACGGCCAUGACGCGCCAAGGGACAGAAGGAAGCAGGGAAGAUACAAGGAGGACAAAAGGGCCAAGACUUCAAGGUUUCAUUCCAUCAGCAACCGUAGUCCUUUCUCUGAUGAUAUUUUGGCAGACACUUUACCCAGGAGCUAUAAACCCAUUUCGCUAGACUACGAUGGCACCACCGACCCAGAGGUCCACCUCAAUCGGUUCGAGGGGUUGGUCACACUGCAUAUGUACACUGAGGGCAUCAAGUGCCGCAUCUUCUCCACUACUCUCACUGGACUAGCCCAGCUAUGGUUCGGAACGCUCGCCCCCAAUUCUAUUCACUCCUUUGAGGAUUUACAAACUCGUUUUCUACGACAGUUCGCAAGCUCGCGAAGAGUAGGGAAGUCAGCUCUUUCAUUGAUGGAUAUCAAGCAGGAUCAGGGUGAAACAUUGCGGGAGUACACUGCAAGGUUUAAUCUCGCUGCUCUGGAGGUGCCAGAGGCAGAAUCACAUAUAAAAAAUUGUGCCUACGUCAGAGGGCUCAAGCCGGGGCUCUUCUUUGACGAGCUAUAG